CAACUUCAGUGCUUCGGUCAACUUCAGUCGGAUGCUGUCGCUCGAGCAGCGCAUUCGUAUUUACGGGGAGGUUUCUUCUCGCAUCGCGCGCGCGUUCACCCUUCUUCCUUACAUCUGUUCUUUCCAUGUCUCUCUCGUCGCGACGCGAACAUGACGCGCGAAACGUAACCGUCUUCGUCCGGUCAAAUCGUAUCGAAUUAUCAGACUCUCCUCUCCCGUUUCUCGCGCCGCGUUCUCGUUCCUCGCCGCUCUCUCGACACACACAUACACACACAACAAACGUGUCUUUCUCUCCUCUCCCAUCCCUCAUCCCUGUCCUCCCGGCGAGACGAGUCAAAAACUCGUUGCGCUCCGGGAAUAUUCUCUCCCGCCUCGAACCGGUAAUAUUCGCGAUUAGCGAGAGUGCCCGAUCUCAUCGCGGUGUCGGGCCCGGUCCUCUUCCGUCCGCGACGUGUUCCGUCGUCCUCGGGCAAACUUCAAGGGAGAGAAAAGAAAAACGCCGUCCCGGUGAGAUGCGCGAGUCCGCGCCGCGUCGCUUUUCGUAAAUUGGCGAGCGGAAUUCCGCGCGACGGAUUUUCCGCGAAGGAUUUCGGGUGUAACGCGACUACCGGCUUGCUGUUCGACCAAAGGCGGCGACGGAGGAAGAGGCGGAGGUGGAGGCGCCGCAGAGAAAGAGAGAGAGAGAGAGAGAGAGGGAGAGGGAGAGAGAGCAUUUCGGGAGGAUGUGCGGCUGAGGCGAUUGCUGAGUUGCGAGCGUAGAGCGGAGAUAUCGAGCGUAGCAACGCCGAUAAUGCAAUCGCCAUCGCAUUUCGCGAUUCAUCGAGUGAAAUCAAGCGGACAAUUGUGAGCGCGACGGAAUUGAGAAACCAUGAACUUGCAUGUUAAAAUUUGCACGACUUCCUCGCCGCGAGGGAAAAACGCCGUCAUCUCGACCACCACACGACGAGGACGACGGUGCAACGGUGCGUUCGCGACUCAAGGUUGUCACGAUGGACUUUCCGCCUAACCGGUUUCCAAGCCACGCCAUAUAUUAAGGUGCGACAAAACCAGAUAUCGUCGACCUCCAGGAGAUCAUGAGAGAGAGCAAAUCCUGAUUGCCGUGGUCCGCGAAAGAAUGGACGCGACGGAUCGACAUCGGCGAGAAUCCCGAAUCCGUCAUUAACCACCUAAGAGAAAGAAACGAAUUAACAUCACCGUGAUCUGGAAGACUUUAUCGCGAGGAGGAUUCCUUCGAGAAGCAGCGCGCGAUCAUUCCUUCCUUCCGGCAUUUCUCGCAUCCCCCGUCACCGCAAUCGGACCCCAUAGGAGAUGAGCAUCAUAGCCAUCGCCCGCAGGAACUGGGCACUGCGCCUGUCGGUGGUGUUGAACGUGUGUGUGCUGUUGUACGUGUGCGCCCACAUCGGCUCGUCCGGCCCGUGGAUCGAGGAACCGCCGACCAAUUGGGCGGCGGCGCCGGAGACUUACGAUCUCGCGAACGGCACUCAGAAGGGCGUCGCCACGUCGUUGUCCUCGUCCUCGUCGGCCGCGGUCGCCGCCAAAGAUGCGACGUCGUCAAGCAACAACAACGGCGGCGGCAUCGGCCGUCCGCUCAGGAUCAGGCUUGUCACCACGACGCCGCCUCCCAGCAACGGGGCCAAGGCCGAGGCUCUCGACAAGUCGCGAGAGCACCCGCGUAAUCAGACGGCGAGGAACGGCACGUCGAAUGCCGCGCGCGAGCCGAUGAGCCUGAAGGAGGCCGUAGCCUGCAAUGAGAAGUCGACCGAACCGAGGCGGGCGCAGCGCGGUGAUUACUGGGUGCUGUACAAUUACGUGCCGAUGAGCAUGGCGGUGAGAUGCUGGGAGAGCGUGACGUAUACCACGCACGCCGAUUACACGUUCCUGGAUAAUCUGGAGCCGCUGCUGGAGCGCUGGCGGGCGCCGAUAUCGAUCGCCAUGCACGCACCCGGCACCGACUUUCCGGCGACUCUCAAUGCUAUCAGGUAUUCGAGAAACUGCGGUAGCCCGCUGGUCUCGCAGCUGGUGACCUUCCACGUCUUCUUCAGCAGCAAGCACGUGCCGAAAAUGGUACCGCCAUCGGAAAAGAUAGUCUCCGACACGUAUAACUGCUCACUCGGACCGCCUUGGGUGAACGUCAGUCUCGCAAAAAUGUACAAAAAUGAGAAGAAGCUGCUUUAUCCAGUGAACGUGGGCCGCAACAUAGCGCGUGAGUCCGCGCCUACCUUCUACGUAUUUCCCAGCGACAUCGAGCUGUAUCCCAGCCCGAAUCUGCCUACCAAGUUUCUCGAAAUGAUCCGCAGAAGGGAUCAGCCGGCCCUCCACAAGCCCAAUCCUAAGGUCUUUGUGCUAUCGAUCUUCGAGGUGGACGAGAAGAGUCAGCCGCCCAACAAUAAGACGCAUCUGGUACAGAUGUUGAAAGCGGGCACCGCUAUACCAUUUCAUAAGAAAUUAUGUUCCGGCUGUCAUAACGUGCCGAAGAGCAAGGAAUGGCAGGAAGCACCAGAGACGGAGGAUCUGCACGUCUUCCACGUCGGCAAGAGAACUGGUAGCUUCGUUCACUGGGAGCCGAUCUUCAUCGGGACCAAUAAUGAUCCUCUUUACGACGAGAGACUCAGUUGGGAAGGAAAGAGUGAUAAGAUGACACAGGGAUAUGCACUCUGCGUUCUUGAUUACGAUUUUCUGAUUCUCGACAACGCUUUCUUGGUGCAUCGGCCCGGCAUCAAGGUCUUUAAGAAAGAUACGCAUCGCGACAUGCUCACCGCCAAGACAAACGCGCUCAUCAAGAAGAUUAUCAUGCCGGAGCUGAAGGUGCUGUACGGCACGAGGAAAGGCUGCGCCGUGUAGCCCGUGGAGUCAUCAGCACGACGGUGCGUGCUUUAUAGAUGCUCGUCUACACGACGGAACCACUUGCGAUCUUCUUUGUCGUCCGUAUUGUCGUCAAAUUUUGUCGCGCGGCGGAUUCGCAAUGAUCCGAUAUUGCGAUUCGUUCACGGACCCCGGGAGCGUGUUCAUGUGCGUUCUGUACGGCCCUUUCGCAAGUUGGGCUGCUGAAGAACCUCCACUGCGUAGGAUAAAGAAUAACUUCUUUUUUCCGAUUUAUGCCAACUUAACGGUGCCGAACGAAUUAUUACAUAAGUAUUUGGUGAAUUUAUAAUGCAACAACGGGGCACGACACAUCGUGCCUCCGCGAUAAACGUGUUUCAUCGCCAUUAUUGUUAUCAUCUUCGUCAUCAGCAAGCGUCGGCAUUAACAUGGUGACGCUCUUAAAUUCUCUCGACAGUAAUCCUCCAGCUUUCAUAAAAAAGAACUUAGCAUGUAAAAAAAUCGUACCACGUAUUUUUCACUGAUCGAAUAUAUGCUCCUCCUAGCAAAUACGGUUGUAUAUAAUAAAAUGGUGCCUCGUAUACAUCAGUACGUCUACAAGAUUACUGCGCUUUCGGUGAAAGUUACGAAUAGUGUCAAUUUCGACGCGACUUCGUGACUCGUGACCGACCAUUAAAAUCGCAACGUUUCAUAUUCAAAUUAUCAAAGAAUACUACGGUAUAUGUGAUAUACUAUUGCAAAUAUUACAUAAAUAUUACAUAAAUUAUUUGCAAAUAUUAUUAAUAUUUUAUUACAAAUACUAUUGCUCGUGAAACAAAUUUUUGUCUAUUUAUUUGUAAAAUAUGAAAUGGUAAAACAAUCUAAAAUUAUGUAUAAUUGUAUAAUAUUAUGUAUCUGUGAUGAAUCAUUUUUCUGACUAACAUUUAUUUAAAUUUAGAUUGUUUUGAUUUUUUAGGAAAAAUUUGAUCAGUUUUUUUAUGUGUUUUUACAUAAAUUCUACAGCUGGUACUGUCAUAUAAUUUAUUAUAUUUUUCCGAUAAUUUGACAAAGGUCUUAUAAGAAAACUUUCUAGCUGUUACUAGUCAUAUUUACGAUUGUUUUCUUUGCGACAUUACAUAAAUAUAUCUUUUACAAUCGUUUAAUUUGUUUACACAUGAAUUUUACAUUUUAAAUGAAAAAUAUACUUUCUUUUCCUUCUUUACUUCAUAAAGGUCACUUAAUUUAUGUUUUAUUUGAAAUGUUUUGAAUGCCGAGUCAGUGUGUAUUGAUUUAUGAACUUGAGGUAAUUUUAAUGUAUAUUUGCAUCUGGAUAAAUUUAGCGCAUUAACAAUUUGCAAUUUAAACUAUUCAUCAAUUAUAUUACACUUGCAUUGUAUAUUACAUUCACCAUGGAAAAUAUAUUACAUGGUUUUCUUUCUGUCUAUAGGCAUUGAAACAUGAAGUAAGUACACGUAAAUAUUUACGAAUAAAGGAAAAAAAUCACCAAGACUGAGGAAUAUUUGAUAUAAAUUUUCUAGGACUUCUCCGCGAGUAAUCUGACCGUUGAGUCAUCAAUUAUUUCUAACUUCGCAUUAACAAAAUGUCACAUUUUCAAACUUUUAUUUAUUUUUGAGUAUUUUGUUUUGGUCAUAAAUAACAGCAAAUGGAAGGGACAACAUCGGAUUUACAAAUGAUUUGCAAAUGGUACGAGUCAAAUAAUGCAAUUCAAUUGUCGCACUUGUAAUAAGAGGGAACGACCGCGUGCAAUUUGAAAAACAAGGAAAGUCUUAUCUUAUAUAUGUAUACAAUUCAUCUUAUAUACCAAAAAUAUUAUCGUGUAGUCAAUGACUUUCAACGAUCAAGCACGCAGAAAUGUAGUAUUUUCUAAUCUUAAAUAUUCUAAGUACGGUA